GCCUUGUCAAGCCGACCCAGAUAAAAGGCCGACCAAUUGAUGUUAUUGAGUGUCUGUUUGUGGGGGUUAGGUGAGGCUGGGAUCCUAUACCCAGAUAGCUGUCAAAUGUUCGGUCCCUGACGUUCGUUCCCUGACGUUCGUUCCCGCACGUUCGUCUAUUUCCGUGAGGGUUCAUUCGCACCAGCUGACAUCUCCCAGGAAGGUUGUCGUGACACACACAUAAAAGAUCUGCUGAGUUGCAAGUCUAGCCUUGCAACAUGGGAGUUGGAGGGUUAUGGACCUACUGCAAAGACAACCGUCCUUCGUGUGGACAGAGAGUGGACUUCGUACAAGUUGCGAAGCAACGAGACGGGAUUGUUCUUCUGGUAGAUUACUACUCCUUUGAGUUCCUCAUCAUUGAGAAAUUUUGGUCGACCUUGAGCAGGGCAACCGGCAACCCAUACCUCAAGCAUUCGGGGGGAGAAUACCAUACACUUAAUGACUACAUAACAAAGUUGAUCCAGGAUCUGAAGAGUCUUGGCAUCGAACUUGAAUUUGUUCUGGACGGUGCCCAAGGAACCUCACCGGAAGUACUGGAUAUGAGAACUCCAGUUUGGAAAAAACGGUAUUCUCAGUAUGUGAAGAAUCAAAGCCAAAUCAUCAGUAUGUUCAGUGGAGAGAAAGAGGCACGUGACUUGCGAUCUUCACUGCAACCAUUGCUGCUAACCACGCAGCUCCUCAUGACGGUGAAGGCUUGUGGGUGUCCAGUUCAUUGCGUCACAGAAGAAGCUGACUGCUGUAUUGCACUGAAGCUGCAGACAGACCUUAAAGCAUUUGCUGUUUUGAGUAACGACACUGACUUUUGUGUGUUCGAAGGAGGAGCGAUGAUACAUAGCGAGAUGUUUGAUAUGUACAAGAACAUCAAACCGAAGACAGGGACAUUGUUGCCGAUGAAACCAAACAAACUGAUUUGUCAUGUUGUUUCGGCAGAAAAAGUUCGAAGAAGCCUGGGGUGUCCAAGUUUGCAAGCAGCUGUAGAGAGGUCCAGGGCAUUCUACACAUUGGCAGCUGUGGAGUUAGACGAACCAAGCAACCCCAUUGCAGCGUUACUGGGCAGGGGCAUGACACUUGGAACUUUCCAUUCCUCGCUGCUGGCCAUGCACAACGGCGUUUACUGGGAGACGGUGCACAUAGAGCAGCCGUCCCUGUGUGGCAAGACGGCCGAGACUGCCCUCGCUGAGCUCCGGAAGAGGAUAUACAGGAUGGUGCUUCCUGAAGACGUCAACACCGUGACCGAGUUUGGCAUCAGCCCUACAAACCAGCAUUUCACAGGCAUACAGGUAGACGUUGACCAGUACAGAUCAGUUCCAUCCAUGCUGAAUAUUUGCCCAGGGGAGGUGCAGGAGAAUCUUCAACACUUUGAGCGAAUUAUUACCCAUCAAGAAGUUGCAUCCACCAAGUCCUGGUUUGAGGACUAUGGCAGGAGAACAGGCUUCCUGUGCCACAUCCUGCGCUACUUCCUGCUGCUCAACUGGAAGCAAAAUUUGUUCAUCACACAAGAUGAGUUCUGUGCACUGUUCGCUGUGGUGUUUGGAUCAAGAAACGAGAGAUGGCACCAGGGACUUCGUAUAAAGCCUUCCCCGCGAAGUGCUACCAUAAGCGCCUGGUUCCAGAAUGUGUACCUCCACGCUCACAGACUUCUCGGGGGGGUCUUGUAUCUGUCUGACGAGUUCCCCACACCGGCCGACAUCUUCUCAGGAGCUGUAUGGAAUUCCUAUUACGCUUACCGCAAGUCCGAAGACAUGCCCACACCAGCCUUCAGCCGUUGUAAGAACGAAAUCGACCAGACAGUGUCUUCAAUGGAGAACAGGGACAUGAUGAAGGAAAUAGUCAAUGGGGUGUUCGGGUAGACGGGGGAGGGUAGAGACACAAAAUUUAUUUUCCCCUUUUUCUUUCACCAGGGAAUGUAUAAGUCAGAGCUCCAGAUAAGCUUUUGGUGUUGUGGGUAUUUUACCAAUGCAUUUUA